AUGGCUCUCCAAGGUCGGGUGUUCGACCUGUGGCGUCACUUCCGGGCGCUUCCAACCGCGCUACAGCACGAUGUGAGUAGAAUCCAGACCCACCUUUUAUCCCCGGAGGUCAAGAAGCAGCUUUUUACUCGCUCUACAUUCCCAAAAGUCUCCGGAGACAAUCUUUUGCGUGUCAUCAACCGAGAACUCGAGCAACAACAAAAGAACAAUCACUCCCCCGAAUACACUGCAAAAGUAGCCGAUGGUUUGGUGCAGAGCGGCUUUCUGACGCCUAAAAAGAGCUCGAAUCUCGUGGAAAACUUCAAUUUUAAGACACUAAACUCGGAAUUCCUGGCGGUCGGCAAUGGACUUGCCGACGUAAAAGCCAGGUCGGUCUGGAGCGUCAAGAGUGGAGCCAUCCAAGCAGGGACUUUGUACCGAAAGAAAAAGGGGGUUUUGGCCACGCUUUUAGGUAAAACGGAACCAUUUUACGUGGUGGUCAACGACCAAAGCAAGAAUGUUUACGUCUUCAAUACGGACAUGGCCUUGGAAAGUUGUACCGAAAUUAACAUGGCCGAUGAUGCCACAGUGGAAUUUAGUGAUGCUAUACAACACGGUAUUAAGCUAGUAAACCCAAAGAUCACGGAGAUCUUUUCAGCCGAGAAUAAAGAGAAGCAGGAGGAGUGGCUUAACUCGUUCAUCAACGCUGAUGCGCAGUACCGUGAGGUGUUCAACGUGGAAGAUACGGCCAAGAUCAAGUCAUUUUAUGAGCUGAAGGACUUCAAUAUGGCCGGCAAUGAGGUGUCCAUGAGCAAAUACAAGGGCAAGGUGGUGCUGGCCGUGAAUGUGUCAAGCAAAUGCGGUCUGACGCCGACGAACUACCCGGAGCUGCAGACGCUGUACGAGAAGUACAAGGACGAAGGUCUGGAGGUGCUGGCGUUCCCGUGCAACCAAUUCGCUGGUCAGGAGCCUGGCACCCACGAGGAGAUCAUGGAGUUCGUGAAGCAGUACAAUGUGACGUUCCCGUUCUUCGAGAAGCACUACGUGAACGGUGCCACGGCUCGUCCGGUGUUCACGUACCUGAAGACGAAACUCCCUGGUUCUUUUGGUGACUUUGUGAAGUGGAAUUUCACCAAGUUCCUGGUGGACCGUAAUAGACAGCCGUACAAGCGUUUCGCUCCGAAAGACCGUCCGUUGUCAUUGGAAGAGGAUAUCAAGACGCUGUUGGCGCAGGAAGAGUAA